CUUUCAGUGCAUAAAGCUGACAGAAGCAAGAUGAAGAGAGGCCCAGCACUCGUUUUUAUGCUGUUUCUUGUCACCAAGACCCCAGAUGCCUCUCCAAACCCACUGGAAUGCAAGGAGAGUCAGUACUUUGAUGAGCACGGGAAGUGUGUCCCAUGUAAGGAGUGUGGCCCUGGCUGGGAGCUCUCCAAGGAAUGUGGCUAUGGUGAAGGAAGAGAUGCACACUGCACUGCUUGUCCUCCCAGGAAGUUCAAGGAGACCUGGGGGUAUCAUGGCUGCAAAACAUGUCUCUCCUGCAUCCUCAUCAACCGUGUUCAGAAAUCCAACUGCACUGCCACUUCCAAUGCAGCCUGUGGAGAAUGUCUGCCAGGGUUCUACAGUAAAGUCCGGAUUGGUGGGCCACAAGAUAUGGAGUGCAUCCCCUGCACAAAGCAGACCCCCUCCUCUGAGCCUCAAUGCAGCUCCAGAACAAACCUGAAGGCAGCAGGAUCUGAAGUGCAUCCCCUGCACAAAGCAGACUCCCUCCUCCAAGCCUCAACUCCAGACAAAUCUACAGCACCUCCUCAGGACACAGCCCUCCUGGCACUAACUAGCAGUGCCCUGGUCAUCAUUGCGUUGGUGCUACUGGUACUCUCCAUCAUCUACUGCAGACGUUUCUGGAAGUGCCAGGGCCAGCGAGUUUUUCUGAGGACUCAGAAUUUCUCCGGACACAGAGCGAUGUUCCAGGCCUCAGCCACUCCAGGCAGGUUUCCAUGUGAGGAACAGAUGACUAGUCCAUGCUGCUUGGGUAUGAAGAAACUGAGCCCUUGCUACAGGCAAGCAGAAGGUCCAGCUGAAGUGAUUCAGUUUAUUUCUGAUGGAGAAACUGUUGGCCUUCAGUUCCCUGCUGCCCACCAUGAUUUGGAGUUGUCCCAGGUGAUUGCCAGCAGCCCCAGUCCCAAAUCCCAGCUGGCGAGGAGUGUCUUGGAGACCCAACCCCUGAUAAGGAACUCAGGGUGCAGCGACGGCUCUGCAGGGGGCUUGUCUUCCUCAGAUGUCAGGCAGGGCCCAGUUGAGUUCACAGAAGCCCUGGCCCCUCUCUCAUCAUGUGCCUCAGAGAUGCAGCACAAAUGGCCCCAUGCCCCAGUGGAGUGCACCGAGCUAGACCUGCAGAAAUUCUCCACGCAGGCUGAGUGCAUGGGCACUGGAAGGCAGGAGGAUGCAGCAAAUGAGGUGGCUCAAACAGUCCCAAGAGCUAAAUCUGAGUUAACCCUUGAAGCAAAGUGUGGAUUCGUUAUGGAGCCUGCCAGGGGCUUGUCCCCAGCCUGCCGAAACCCCACAGCUGAAAGUGGGGAGCAGCCAGUGGAUGACACCCGGAGUCUUGUGACUGGGAUCACCAGCACUACACAAGGUCUCCCGAUAGCACAGCUCCCUCACUCCUUGGUGCUGUCGCUUGGCUUCCAGUUGGACCCUUCUUUACCUGGUGUAAAGAAUUUCAGCCAUGUGGGGAUGGAGCUAGGGGUCCCAGCCCACCUGGUGAGCAAGAUGUCUGGAUUUGAGCAGCUGGUCACUCACCUCACCUCCUCAGGGGACACAGUCACCGUUCCUGUCCUGGCCCGGGCCCUACAGCAACUCCACCGUUUUGAUGCCUUGCUCUUGCUGUGUGAUCACUUUGCUGUGAGCUAGACCCUGAGCUUCCGGUGGUAGGUAGCACGAUGGGAGCAGAGGAGCUGUAGGUAUUUUAUCAGCCAGAGGGACCUGGCAGCAAUGUGCCCAUCUGGUCUCCAGUGCCAUCUGGUCUUCAACUGUGUGAAGAAGGCCUUUGCAUCUUGAGGUAAAAUCACAGGGUAAGCAGGAACACUUUGCUUAUGAGGAAAGCAAGGGGAACCAAUGAGAGUAUCAGCCCCGUGCACUUUGGACACCCACAAUGAGCUUUUCAUAUACCCUGGACCACUGCUGGAGCCGUGCCUCAUGCUGGCCACCAUUGGGUUCUUCAGUAAUGAUGCACAAACUUCUUCCACAGUCUGCCUUCAGACUUGUGUAUAUCUGUGUCCAGAGACAAACUGGCCUUCCUGGCUACUGUGAAUGGCUUUAGGGCCUUCUGCCUCCAUGGCCUGGUGCUGGUGUGUGAUAAGACUGAUCCUUGGGAAGACUCAGUGUUAGCUGGAUUGGCCUUUUAAAAUAUUUUCUGAACCACCCAGCAGCCAUGACCCUUCCAGGUGGUUCAGUCUUUAUGGGUCUUCUUUGUAAACCAGUAAUUUGGAGUUGUUUCCUGCCUCUGUUAUUCUCCGUGGGGUUGUUUCCUGCCUGCGGACUAAGUUCUCUCUCUCUCUCUCUUUCGGGAUCCUCUUGGUUGUUGUGAUUGGUUUAUUCAAAGGGAUACAUGGAAGUGUAUUAAAAUAGCCUUCUCUUCUUAAGGGGAGUUUUGGUCCACUCUGCUGUGUGGAGCUGUCUCUCACAGGCCCAGCAGUCAUUUCAUGAAUCUAUAACUUUUCAGAUAUGGGCCUUCCCCAUUUAGCAAACACUGGAUUUCUUGGGUUUCUGCUCAGCACCCAGAAGCUGGGGCUGGUUUUUUGGUGUCUUCUUCCUCUGUGCACUAAUACAGGGCACAGUUCUUGAAGGGUUGUUCAGCUGUAAGUUCUCCAGGGAGGCUCACGUGCCAUGCCAAAAUGGUGCUACAUUUCAAUUUCCCUUCCUGGUUAUGGACAUGGUACCAUUUUCUUCAGAAGGAUAUUUCAGAUCAAGAGUUGGGGUGUUUAAGUUUUGUGGAAUUUUGCUCCUAAGUAAGACAGCAAGGUAGUCAUUGCUUUCCCUCAUCUCCUACCCAGCAUCUCUGCCUGCUUGCCACACAAAUACUUGCUAAUGGGCUCUUCCGUGCCAAUAUUUGUGGCAUCUCACAGCAAGGGUUUUGUCACAUUCAAGUCUUCUAUGCAUCUUAAAUAUCUGAGGUUUUAAGGAUACAUGAUCAAAAUGGGACCUGGUGUAGCACAAGGUGUAGGUUUCUUCUUCAUUUCCUGGCUGUAAGUGCCCAGAUUAUAUCUUGAAAUAUGGGGAGCCUUAGCUUUUAUUUUGGUAGAUCAUGAAUGGAUUCAGCGAUUUUUAGCUGGUAAAGGUAAUAGGCAGCUAAAUACUAUUGACAAGUAGAAGGAAUCUGCAAGGGCCUCUGUACAGAGAGCAGGGGCAGGGAGUUCUCUUUUCAGUACAUGUGUGUUUGAUUUAGCUGAUGAUCUUUGUGGCUGGAAGCCCAAUGGUUGUGGGCUCAUUACAAUAAGUAUUAAAAUAAUUGUGCCAUUAGUAAUAAAAACGGCUGUUUAAAAUCAUUUUGUUGUUCAGGCUGGAAACAGCCUCACACUGAUUUCUGAGGAUGGCCGUAACAAGAGUGGCUUGUCUUUACUUCCCUCUGCGAAGAUGUGUCAGAACUUGCAACAGUUCAACGCUGUUUGUCUUUCUGAUGUUCCUGGAGCUGGUGCCUGUAGGCAGAUUCCAUAGCUGGUGGCUACAGGUUUCCAGGCCGUUUUCACAAUUUUGGCCGUUUUUUGGAUUUACUCUGUGUGAAACGAUUAACAUGAUUUGACAAAUUGGAUCAGGGGAGAUGUGCGAGGUAUGAAAUGAUCUAAAGUGCUCAUAAGCCUGGAAAAAUCCUUCCACUUGAGAGCUGUUUUGACUGACAGAAGCAACAUUAACACAAGCCUCUAAACACGGUAUUUUCAUCAGGGGCAAAUACUUCAGGAGAAAAUGAGACACGCCUCUCACCUCCUAGGGAGAGGCCAGGGUGGAUAUGGGAUAGGAAUCCAGUGCUGGUGAUCAUCUGCAGUAGUUUGCCUUGUGGCUGCAGAGUACACCCCCGUCCCUUCCUGCGAUGAUCACUGGCGUGUGACAAACCCUAUUAUAUUGUCAGUGUGUUUUCCUGCCCUGGCUCUCAGCUGUGCCAUGCUGGAUUCCUUUCAUAGCAAAGUCUUUUUCACUGAACAACUGUGCUCUAUGGAGAGGAAUUGCUGGGAGCAGACUUGCACUAAGGAGUGUGCAGUGCAUUCAGUCAGGGGCUUUUAUUGUAACCCCAACCAGGGUUUCUCUACAAUUUGCUGUAGGUAGGAUCUAGUGAGCAUCUACCAGGUAAAAUUGGACCCAGGCUGACUUAAGGAGGCCACUGCUUUUCUUUAUUUAUGGCUGAAGACUGGCACCUAGUGGAAGAGAAAGGAAGCUCCUCUAAUUAUCUCUAUCCUGGGCUCUAGGAUGGGUUCUGUGUUGGGAGGGGGUACGGGUUGUUUAAAACCUGUAACCGAGAAGAAUGUGGCUAGCUCCACUCUGACCAAGGUACUGGUGUUGGCCUUUUCCUGUGUGUGGCUCAAUAUGCCAUGUCAUUCUGUACUUUGUUGUGCAGGGAUUAUUAUUUUUAACAGGGUCUUUAAACUGAUGUCUGGGGCCAAGGUUCAGAUUGUGCCACCUAGCUGCAUAUCUCCACCUUGCUGUAUACUCCAAAUGGUGAGAGUCUAAUGGAGCAUUGUUAAUCCCAGGAGGUCUGGGACACUGCACAUUCUGAGCAGAUUCAGUGGUGCUGAGCAGUAUUAGGAGGUGAGGAGGAAGUUUUGCUGGGUUCACAGCUUUGCUGAAGUGCUCCAGUUAGUAUUGUGUGCACUGGGCAGUUCUCGUCUUCCCAUGAGCCCUUGAGACCAUGAGUUGGACUGUACCUGGUGAAACCUUCCCUUCCCAGAGCUAAGAAAUUAAGCUGUUCAUACUUGGCACCUUUCUUGGCAGCUUCUGCCCUGCAUGUUGCAUGGCAUACAGGCCAGUUUGUUCACGUUGCCUGAGGAUCAGUGGAGUGGCAGGGAUGUAGCAUGAUUUUGGCUGGAUGUACUGGGAAUGGUUGGUAGCAGGUGGGGAGGGAUAGAGAGAAGAGGGCAGGAUGGUUUUCAGUGUUCCUAGCAAAUGACUGCGCUCUGGUUCAUGACAGUUAACAAGAGUGGCUAAAAGCCAACAAACGCCAAGAUACAGAGCAGAAAGGUCUUGUGAAUGGCACAUAGCACUGGAAGUCAGGAGAUCUGGGAUAUGCAUACAGCUGUGCCACUGCCAUGCUGAUGGACCCUGGGGAAGUCCAUCAUCUCUCUGUGCCUCAGUUUCCCCAGCUCUAAAGUGCAGCCAAUACUCCUUGCCUACCUCAUAGAGCUAUUGUGAGGCUUAAUGUUUACAAUUUCUUUGAAAUCCUCAGAUGGGAGAUGAAACAGAAAACAGUAUUAUCCCACUGGUAUGAAACUUGAUCCUAUUAAAGUCCCAUUAAACUGCCAUUAACUUCAAUGGAAUCAGGAUUUGGUACGUAAUGUUCAUUGCACCCUUCUUUUCUUUUUUUUUCCUCUCCAUUUUCCUCCCUCCUGAAACACCCUCCAGGUUUCCUGCUCUCUUUUGUUUCAUCUCUUUUCUUCAUCUUAAAUUUUCAAACCAUUUGUCUUACAUUCCAAGAAGUACACAGUAAUAUUCUUAACAUGCAGUUUCCUGAUGUCACUUUCUUAUUACAGCAGUAAGGACCCAGCAGCAUGAAUAAAAACAUCAGUUCUUGCUGUUACCCCAGCAGAGACCUUCAUGUAUAAUACACCCAUUGUAUACUCAGUUAUACCUGUUGCUCAGAUCUGUUGUUCAGCUUAGAACUUGAAACUGCAAGAAUGUUUUUAAAACCCUGAUGAUUCCUAGAGCCCCUGGUAUGGACCAUUUCAGGGAUGGACUAGCUACAAUCAUUUGAAUACUAAUUAACUUGCAUGCAAGGACUGUGAUAAUAGAAUGAUAUGUAUUGUUAUCUCAUUCUUAAAAUGUUAGGGUUCAGAGUUUGAUCAAAAGAGUUUCGUUUUUGUGAGAUGGCCAGUCACAUUAAUUUGAACAUAUAUUUCUCUUGGCUACUUUCAUAGCCAGGGAUGCCUGAAGCUGGCUGAGAUCACAGGCCUAAUGUAAAUAGAUGAAUUGUUUUCUAGUAAAUAAAGGCAUGGUGUCCCCCUGCA